AAUAUGUAAAAUACCUGCCUGUAAUGACUGUAAGUGUUUGGAACCCCUCUCUUGCGUACGCGCCCCAGCCUCCAGCUGCCCGCUUGAGCAUCAUGUCAGAUGAGGGACCCCCUGUGCCCCGACUUAGAGGCGUACGGAAACCGAGAGCCUGCAGUGCUGACCAUGCUACACGGUCGCGGGGUCCCAGUGUAGAGAGUAGCUCCGGCGCACUGGAGGUUAUCAUGGCUACUGACGACGCGAAGAAGAAGAGAAGAAGGGGUCGCUCUCUUGUGAAGCAGUUUGAAGAGCGCCAGCGAAUACAUGAGCGCAACGAACAGAAACGCCGAGAAGAGGCACUGAGCUCACGGCGCAGGCGACAACAGGAAGCCACCAACGCGUACAAAGCAGCACUUAGUAAGGAACUGAACAAGAGAAACAAAGCUCCUGUUAGUAGGAUCUCCUCUGCUUCUUCCAUUGGUUCACAACGAGGACGUCAUAUCUACAGAUCACCUACAGUGGACGAGGUUCUCUCUAAUAUACGGGGCCAUGCUGUAGGCGGAAGUCUGAGAACAUACGGUGAGAGCUCUAACAAUACUCCUGUACGGGGUCCAACCCCCCAACCCCCCUCCUCCGGAAACUUCACCCCCAUCAGUAGCUAUACCUCCCCUACCUACGCUAAAAACGUAGUCUCCUUCAACUCCCGGGCUGACUCGUACCAUGAUAACCGGAGUGAGACACGGAGUGAUACACGGAGUGAGGCGGAGUAUUAUACCGCCAUGAAGGCGGAGAAGAAGGUGACUCUAGCGUCUGAUAUCCGGAACACAUUGGGUACCAGCGAGAAGAGUGAGGUUAAAGGAGCUGGAGCUGCAAUUGAGGUCAAGUCACCUGUUGGAGUGGUGAAACAAAACAGCAAAGAAACUUUGGAGGAAGAGAUUUUAAGAGACAGUUUGGAAACUGGUCUUCUAACCUCGCACUACAACACAGAGAAGGAAAGUGAGAGGGUAGUGGAGACAACAAGAGAAGCAAGAGAAAGUGACCCCGACAGGAUCAGGGUUCAGAUUGAUCUCACUAAGUUUGAUCAACUGGAGGUGUCUGAUUGUGAAAGUCUGGACGAUCCCCCCAUAGAUCCGACGAGUGACGACUACAACCCUCCCCACAGACUCUCUGAUAAACACACCGAGUCCUACUCCGACCUGUCGAGGUUGGUGCCCCAAAAGACGUCCCCAGUCCAGUUGAUCCAGGCGGAGAAUGUUAGUAACCGUGCCCACAACUAUUUUGGGCCCCCUGAUAACAGUAUCCCAAUAUCCGCUCUCAGGGCUAGUGUCAGCGACCCUAACGUCUCCUCCACUUCAUCCAAGAUGUUUCAGACUGAGACCAUACCAAAGGUGUCCUCCCAGUCAGCACUGAGUAGUGACGUAAGCAGUGACGUAACUGUGGAGCGUCCUAACUACACUAUCCAGACCUCAGAGGGGGAGAGCUUUAUAUACGCUAAUAGUCCAGUAGAAGCAGUGAAGGUAGCAUCAGUAGCCAGCAGCAGCAGUAACCGCACCACAGCCUGGUCUGUCUCCGACAAACCCCCCUCUGGUUCCUCACCGCUCAGUGACAAGAAGCACCUCAAGAGUCUCAUCAAACGUACUCCUAGCGCUAGACGCAAACAGGUUCGGUGGGACAGUGUCAGUGCUUUGGAUGAUGAGACAAUGGAAGUAGACCAGUUUGACAUAUCCUCUGAAGGAGAAGCAGUGUUCACAAGACAGUACUCCCACCCAACACGCUCCAACACCAGCUCUCCCAGUAACUACACGUCGCGUGACACGUCCUACGACGACUCUGACAUGAUCAACCUGCAGCGUACCCCUACUGACGCCGAGAUAAACGCUCUGUGGAACAAGGUACGAACAACCCUACACAGAAACCAGGCCUGGGAUACACCCCAGAGCAAAGCUGCUUUACCACAGCGGGCAACAACUAACAGGCGAGACGCAUCACCCAAGAUGCAGGAUUCUCUGAGGAUAUAUUCCAACGUUGUGAUGGACAAUGACCGUUACAAGUACAAGAGACCAGUCAAGACACCAGGACAGUCAAAUACGGGACCUGCAGUUGCAAAGAUGACCGAUGUCACUGAAAAUGUUCUAAUCGCAGGUCAUACAAUGUUGUCAAUGGAAGAACAACGGAUUCUUCAGUCACUGGAGCGACUCGAUGCCAAACUUAAAGAUAACGGUGCGUACGAAGCAACUGAGCCCAAAACACAGAUCGUCACCUUUUCAUCGCCAACAUUAGAAGUCUCAAGACCGCAGACGAGAAGUGAAACAUACAAAAGACUCCUAAAUAGGAAAACCAACGGGAUUUCCUCCAAAUACAGAUGAUUUGAACGAUUAAGGAGGAUACGAGUCACCGCACAACUCGAAAGUUUAUUUAAUCUUUACAGCUCGAUCCUUUAGUCAAAUAUUUAUCUAAAACAGUCUCCGACUUCCUCGCGAGUAAGAAGUAAAGGAUUGAAGACAUUCUUGGAUCAGCAAAAGUUGUUAUCCAGAUCAUCAUCAAACUCGAUUUUAUUGUGGAUUCGAAAGAGCGGUAAAAAUGACUGCUAGAAAAAAAAGUUUACUAGUUUUUUUGCUAAUAUCUUGAGAAAGCUAAAGAAAUAGAUUACGACCAGUUCGAAUCCAUUUUGAUUGUUUUAACUGUUUUUGUUAGUGCUGUGUUAUAUUAUUCUGUAGGCUCUAGAGAUAUAGGUAGAUUUAGUAGAUGUAUUUAUAAGAUUAAGAAACAUUCCGAGUGUAACUAGUGUAAAUAUUAAAUGGUAUGUUUUUGUAUCAACCUC